UUACCUGAUCUUUUCUCUUACUCCCCUGCUGUUGGAGAUGGCAGUGGGACUGAAUUUUCCACCGCCAGUGAGGGUUGUAUCAGUAUCAGAGUCUGGGAAUCCAAUAACUACUGGGCAUCCAGUAACUACAUCACUGGGUUCCAGCUGAAGUACGAGAGUAACUGGACGGCACUGGUUGGUGUAAAUAGUGGCAAUCCAUCGGAAAUUACACUCGGUGACAAAGAAGCAAUUAUUCAGAUCUCUGGAAAGUAUUACUCUGGUUACAUCUAUGAGCUUGUGUUUGUCACUAAUCAGGGGCGCUUAUUUAAAGUGGGACAGUCUAGUGGGUUCUCAUUUAACUUCUAUCCAACCCAGAAAGGAAAUGAGCUGCGUUUUCUCAGUGGACGACAGAAUGGAAUGGGCAUCACCUCUAUUGGGGCUCACUGGGCCGCAAUACGUAUGAAGUAAAAUAUUUUUAGCAUAAAUUUUGUGACUUUACUAAUCUACAGAGAUGAAAUAAUCUUGUACUUGUGUAACUUUAAUGAUUUGAUUAUAUUGUUUUACCUGUAAUACAUUCAUAGAGUGUU